GUGAUCUCGCGAAAGAAAAGCUACCUGGAGAGCUCGCGAUAUCUCAGACCACCAGACCCGAAAGAUUCUCAGAGAGUUGAAGGGCCUGGAGGAGGCCCCGGGACAAAUGGCCGGAGCUGGACCGACCAUGUUGCUACGAGAGGAGAAUGGUUGUUGCAGCCGGCGUCAAAGCAGCUCCAGUGCUGGGGUUAGCGCGGGCUCGGGUUCCGAGAUUGAGGGGCAGUCGGGGAGUAAGGGGGGCGGGGCAUGGAGGGGGGACUGCAGCUCCCGGCAGCCUCUGGGAUUCAUGUGAGCGCCCCGCGGACUGUCGGGAGCUGUGGUUCCGUGGGCGGGCUGCUACCCGGGCGGUGCGAUUUGAGCGCGUGUCCUGCCCUGCGCAGGACUCAGACGGGGAGCGCGAGGACUCGCCAGCUGCGCGCGCCCGGCGGCAGCUGGAGGCUCUACUGAACAAGACUAUGCGCAUUCGCAUGACAGAUGGACGGACACUGGUCGGCUGCUUCCUCUGCACCGACCGGGACUGCAAUGUUAUCCUAGGUUCCGCGCAGGAGUUCCUCAAGCCUUCGGAUUCCUUCUCUGCUGGGGAACCCCGUGUGCUGGGCUUGGCCAUGGUACCAGGACAUCACAUCGUUUCUAUUGAGGUGCAAAGAGAGAGCCUGGCGGGGCCUCCCUAUAUCUAACCACGAUCGCGCAUGCCUUUCAGACUUCAUUAAAUUUGUAACCGAA